AUGGACACGAAUCAUGUGGCAGAAGAGAAUACAUCAACAGCAGGACCUUCCGUCGACGAAGAAAGUUUUGCGUCUUUACCGCGUACUCUCAUGGAAUGGCGCAUUGAGGGUAGAAUUUGUGACCCUCAAGAUGUUUCCUGGCCGCUAAUACCAUCCUUCGCGACAUUGUUCGAGAAGCGGGGGUAUCAGCUCUGGAAUUACAGGAUGACCUCAGCCGCACCACCUGACGAAACCAUCCCUGUUUGCACUCACACGUACAUUGGGCCAUAUGGAUGGGAGACUGAAAAAAGGCGGUUCUCGUUCCUCCAACCUUAUCCGAACAACAUCACCCACCCAGCCCGUACAAUACAUAACCAGGAUGUAAUUAUUCGCCUCGUGGCCAUCGAAGGUGACACAUCUGGCGACCAGCAUGUCCAAGCGCUGGAACGUCUUUCUACUGGCAUACGGACCUAUGAAGCCAGCAACCCUACUCUCCCUGUCCUAAAUCAGCUCACCUUCUCCGGUUUUCAUUUCAUCGUCUUCCCGUAUGUCUAUUUAGCCAAACAUUUACCUUGGUUCUACAAUUGCGGGGAAAUACUGGAUUUUGUCAUGCAGCUUUGCAAAGGCGUAGAAUACUUCCACCAAUUGCGCGUGGCCCACCGUGAUAUUGCAUUGUCAAACAUCCUAUGCAACUUCGCCGGAGGCAGGACCAGUCCAGAGCACACCUACAACUUACAUGUUUACCCUUUCAGAUCAUAUUUCCCCAUCCGCUACUACUUCAUCGACUUUGAGUGGGCUGCCGUUUUCGAUGAGGAUGCCAACUUGUCCGACUGUACGGUGAUUGGGCUUCCGGAGGGUCGCCCACCAGAGCGAUACUACCGUCCAAAAGCACCGGAAAUGUUACUUUCGGCACCGUAUUCUCCCUUCCCGACUGAUGUCUUUCUCUUGGGCACGUUAUUGAAGGAUUUCCUGGGGCCUGAAUUGAAUUCGUAUCUGGAGCUGGAAACGAAGAGCAAGGACAGCAAUGAGACUAUUAGCCGAUUUGUCCGCGAACUGCUAUCUCUCUUUGAGAAUAUGCUCGCCGAUGAGGCGGGGGACAGGCCGACUGCAGCUGAUACAGUCAUUACCCUCAAGCGCAUUGAGGAAGAAUCUAGAGAACUACACAUCCUCGAGGCAUAUGUCGGUGAAGACCCUCGCCACUAG